AUGGUAUUUUCCGUCGUGUGGUUAGGUCGCAUUUUGCGUGAAGGAGAAGGUGAUCAGAACCACUACAAAAAGAUGGUACUACCGAGACGUUUAGUAGACAAGACCUCCGGGUUGGUGAAUUCAUUAGCUGCUGAUUUAACUGUUGAUGAUGCAGGGCAUUUGGUGCAGAGGACGGAGGGAGAGGUGACAGGAUCACGUGCGAAUAAACAAGAUGGACUAUAG